UAAUGUUGGAAAGAAAGCGGAAUAAUAAGUGGCAUCCGAUCACUGUCUUCCCACUCGCUCGCCAUCUCUUGGUGAAAUGGCUCAACUAAGAUACAACACAUAAAAAGAAACUCGUUUUUCUAUGACUUUAACAUUCAAAGGAUUAAGUCCCAAACCGACGAUGUGGCAGAAAGUAAGGCGAUCUCUUUGUAGCCUUAUCCCUCAAAAUGAUCAAGAAGUGAAGCCAGAUCAACAACGUUCUUCAGCAGUAAACAUCUUCUGCUUUAUCGUAUUUGGGGUGAUGAGUUUCUUUAAUCAAGAGAUGCUUCUAACCGCGUCUGAGGACAUUCUCAGUGGAUACAAAAUCCCUACCCCAGCCAUCCUUGUUACUUUCGUUGGCCCGUUAAUGGCAGUCAAGUUACUCUUUCCUUGGUGUAUUCAAAGAGUGCCAUACUGGUUUAAAAUCUUAGUCAUAGCGCUGCUCAUGAUGUCUGGUAUACUUAUGAUAGCUUAUGGUCGUGACUUUCGUGUUCAGCUAGUCGGAAUCGGGAUGAACGCCAUGGCUACAGGAGCGAGUGAGCUUACUCUACUUUCACUCUCGUCGUUUUAUCCUCAAAUUUGCAUCAGUGCUUAUGUGGCUGGUACCGGUCUCUCGUCGCUCGUAUCACCUCUUUACUAUGCAGGUGUUACGACGUGGACGUGCGUGCCCCCAAGGACCGCUAUUCUGAUUACAGCACCAUGGGCCAUAUUGUACCUUAUCUUCUAUGCCAUCCUUGACAAAGAUCCCAUCCAUAAUGGGCCCACAGAGAACCAAGCGCUGUUAAACUACGAGAAAAUCAAAGAUUCCGAUCCUGAGGACAGUGAUGAGGGAGAAAUACAGCAUUUUAGCCGCGGAGAAGCACCCAUCAAGAAACCUAAGGAGAUCGACUGUAACGKGAAGAUGAACGUAUCAUGGAAGCUCGUCCCAUUCAUAAUUCCACUAUUCUUGAGCUUCUUUGCCGAGUAUCUGAUCAUGUCUUCCAUUGUCACAACCGUGUCUUUUCCUGGUAGCGGAUUCAUGCCACGUGACCAUUUCCAGUACUACUCGCUGUCGUACAGGAUGGGGAAGUUCGUCGGUCGGUCAUACUUAUUCUUCUUUGCCUUUUGCUUCGAUAUGUCGUCGUUCAUAAAGUGCCGACACACUUGGGUAUUUGCUCUCAUCAAUAUGCUCCACCUCUUACUCUUCCUCUUCGAAUCMUGGUACCACUUUAUUCCUGGAAUAUGGCUGGUAAUUAUACUUUGCUCUACAGUUGGUCUCAACUCUGGACUUAUCGUCCUUCAUUCACCGCACGCUGUCGCAUCCGUCUUGACGCCAGAAGAAAAAGAGUUUGGUUUUGGUUUGCUAACGGUUGGUAACGCUGUUGGCGCAUUUACAGCAGGUCUUGUUGGAUUAGCAACAGAACCGUUUUUAAAGAAAGAAUGUCAGCUGCAUUUCCCUCAACAGCAGGAAUUCUGUAUCACAAGGCAAAGAAACUCCACUGGAUGGACAACUAAUGUACAUUGUUAAAUCUAUAGACAAUGGGAUGAGGGAUGGGAAAUGGGAGGACGAAYGAAUUUAUUUUGCGAGCCAGCAAGGAAAAAUUAAUCCUUAUAUUUUAAGAUACAUCGAAAUGUUAGUUGACUGUGUUAUCUACGCCCCUUUCAUUAUUAUUAUGUCUGUGUAAUCCCACUGCAAUUAAGCCAUUAACAUGGCUUCCUCCGACCAAGUAAAUACAGAGAACAGAUUCUUGACAUUUAAGUAAAUGGCUUUCUUUUUAAAGAAAAUUUUGGCAUUUAAAUGGUUUUGCCCUUGAAAAUGUUCAUUACAUCGAAAUGUAUUUGCUUUAUGCAAAACGCAUAUCCAAAUCCAACAACCGAUUAAGGAGGAUAAAAUGGAUUUCACAAGCAUACAAUCAAUAAUAGGCACAAAGUCUAUGGACUACUAAGACUAUAUUACUGCAUUAUUUAAGCACUUAUUUAUGGAUACAUAAAUCCAUACGACAUGAUGCAAAUUAACUUAUUUAUUAAUUACAAUUAAUAUCACUCACUUUGAACUUAGCUUUCGUGUUGCCGGUUUGUAUUAUAUUAGGCUACUUAGUACUGGAAAAGAUAAUGUUCUUCAAAGUAAAGAUCGUUACUACUCUAAGUCCAUGCGAUGUUAAAAUAUCAAGUGGGAUAUAGAGUGAAGUCAAUGAACCCGUGAAAUACAUAUUUGACUAUUACAUGUUAUUACUCGAUAAUUCCAUUGUUUUCUUUUGUGUCUAUUGGACUAUUACAGUUUAAUUAUUAACUUUUAUUUCACAGGAUCAAUGCCUUCACUCUAAUAAUAUUGUAUGAUGACGAUGAUAAUUGGAACCUCGAUGAUGAUAUUUAUCAUUGUGAUAAAGUGUAAAACUAAAGUUAAAUUAUUUUGAGUAGAUAUUCUUACAAAUAUAUAAAUAGAUUAUAUAACGAAGUAAGUCUUCAGUCGUAUAAACGCACUAUAUAGCAAUGCUUUUCACUUCUCGGUUCCCUAAGAAUAAUGACGUGAAAUAAUGAAAUAAACCAGAGAAACUGGUUAUAUAUAUACGUUAUAUAAAGUAUUACAUUGCAUGGCAAAUAGAACGCACUACGCCUUGUGCGACCAUCGUCUGCAAAAAUGGAUGGCAACGCUUUCCAAUAUUGAAUAUGUUAAAAGUAGUCAGAAAUUGUGAUAAAUGACAAGAAUAAGGGCUUAUUUUUGUAAACUUACAAAACUGCGGUAUAAUACACACGUGUACUUAUAAAAAUGGGUAAAUAAAGUAAAGACGUCAAAGUAGCAA